GGUGAGGGGAACUGUGGAGGACAGGUAGACAGGAAGAGGAGAAAACGGAAUUGAUGAAAAGAAAACGGAAUAUGUGAAAAAAAAGAAAACGGAAACAGAAAGAAAAUGGAGAGCGUGACUUGAAAUAAACAGAAAACGUGAUAGAUAAGAAUAAUAAGAAAAAAAAAGAAAAGAAAGCGGAAUAUGUGAAAAAGAAAACGGGAUACGGAACAAGUGAACAGAAAACGGAAACCAGUGAAGCUGAAAAAAAAUAGUAAUAAUAAAAUAGUGAAAUAAACAAAUAAAUAAGUGGAAAUAAGAAAAAAAAUAAGAAUGAGAAGGAAAAAAAGAAGCGAACAAACAAAAAUUUAAACUGAAAGAAGAAGAAAAAAAAACAAAAGGAAAAUGGCAAAAAUGGAGAGAAAGAGAAGAAAAAAUGAAAGAAAAUAAGUAGAAAGGAAAAUAUCAAUAACGAGAGAGAGAGAGAGAGAGAGAGAGAGAGAGAGAGAGAGAGAGAGAGAGUGGAAAGAAAAUGAAACUCAAUAAAUACAGAAAUAAAAUCAAUAAAAUGAAAUAACACAACAACAACAACAACAACAACAACAACAACAACAACAACAACAACAACAAAUGACGUAAAGAAAAUGGGAGCAGGCAGCGCAAAGGGGGUUCAACCGGAAGAAAACGAGGAUGAGGUUGACAGCUUCUCCUCAACUUCUAGCGACCAAUGGGAGCGAGAAGUCGAUACCCCAGCUACUCCGGCUCCCCCUUCUCCUGUGCCACCCCCUCCCCCCGCUAAGAGCAAGCCAAAACCCCCAGCACCCCCCGUAGAGGCCCCCAAAGCCGGGACAAGCGUAGCGCGCAUAGAAAACGAGGAGGAGAAGAAAGAUAAGCCGAAAAAGAAAACGACAUUUGGGUUCACGCUGCGUAGAGAACAUCAUUCUGAUAAAAUUGAGGACGUGAAUGACUCUAGUGAUGAUGAAGGGGAGAGAGAGAGAGAGAAGAAGGCGAGGGGUAAACUGGAGAAGGAGAAAGACAAGAAGGGGUUUCGACUGUUCGGGUGGCGGAAGGAGGAAAAGAAAACGGAGAGAGAUGGGUUGGAUGACGACAUAGACGAUCUGGAAAAGACUUUUGACUCCCUUGGUAUCGUUGGGAAGAAUAUGUGGGCGCCGGAUGGGAAGAACGAACGUAAAAUAGAGAGAGAGGAAGCUGUUCUCUCUCCAAUGAGGAAGAGGAAGAACGUGAAGGGGAGGGGAAAAACAGCAACUGGGCAAGUCAAUGGGAGUUCCAGUGGCUCCAAUGCAUCGAAAAGAACCUUCAGAUUCUCCUGGGAAACUGAGAAGCAGAAGUCACCGCCCAGGGAUGAAGGAGACGAGUGGGAAUACAAGGCGGUGGUGAUAGAAGGUUUUGACAUUGAGAAGUUCAGGAAAGCUAACCACAAGGAGUCCGUAUUUGACAGCAACAGUCUUCCCAAUGUAGUGGGGGGCGAGGAGGACCCAGCAUCCAACAGCUUAUCCUCACCGCUGCGUUAUGACCAGACUGAACAGUACAUCCUAGCUUCCAUUGAGAGAGACUUCGCCAAUUAGACUUAACAAAUGUAACGUGGUCGUCUACCUAGUGGUGAGGGACAACGAACUUAUGAAAUAUAUAGAUAAAAACAAAGAAAGGACCAAGGAAAGAAGAAAUGACGAAUAGAAGUGAAAAUUUAAUAUAGACUAUUUAAAAUGACUGAUUAUGUGGCUAUAAGUAAUGCAGAUCACUGAAAAAUGAAUAAACCCGAGUGAAAAUUUAAUAUAUACACUAAUUGA